AUGGGGCUGGGAUAUCAGGGGGGUUGUGGGAGCUCAUCACUGGGGUGGGGGGUCUGUGGGGUUCUGGGCUCUGCGACCGCCCCCCACUUGCGCCUCGCCCCCCAGAACCAGCGCAGGAGGGACGAUUUCAUCCUCAAGAUCGAGACGUGGCACAAACCCGACCUGGGCACCCAGGACAAUGUUCACGGUCUGGACACGGAGACAUGGAAGGACGUGGAAGUCGUUCACAUAGACAUCGCUGACCGGACCCAGGUGUCCGAGGAGGGUUACAAAGCAGACGAAGAUCCGGCUCUUUUCACUUCCGUGAAGACGGGGCGAGGGCCACUCGGUCCAGCCUGGAAGGGGGAAUUGGCCAGGAACAAGGGGUCUCCCCACAUGUGCUACAAGCUGGUGACGGUGAACUCCUGGUGCGGCCUGCAGGGCCGCCUGCAGCAAUUCACACACAAGCAAGAGCAACGGCUUUUCACCAGUUUCAACCGGCAGCUCUUCUGCUGGCUGGACAAGCGGGUGGAUCUGAGCAUGGACGACAUUCGCCGCAUGGAGGAGGAGACGCAGAAGGAGCUGGACGAGAUGAGGCAGAAAGGCGCAGUGCGGGGGCUGACGGCCGGGACGAGUGACCCCCGGCCGGUGCCAGCAGGACACUGACGUGGACUCUGCCCCCUCCCACCUGGGAGCGAGGACCCAGCUGCCUUCGUGGGACCCCAGGGAUCCCCCUUCUCUCUCCGUCCAGCUGGAGGCGCUGGGGACCCCCUGCCCCGACUGAUCACGGGCUAGUGAGCUCUGGUGGGACAGGGGCAGUGGGGGGGGCUGGCCCUGGCAACCCCCCCAGCUCUCCCAGGUUCCAGCACGUUCCUGUCCCCCCUGGAAUCAUGGCGGGGGGAGCAGGGAGCCCCCGGAGGCUGAUUUUCAGGGUCGGGGAGGGGAGGAUACCCCGGGCCGGGCGGCGUCUAAUGGGCUCCAUGCGCCCGGGGUGGGGGCAGUGGGGGGAUCUGCCCCCAGGGCCCCCCCACGUUCUCUAACUCAGCUUGUCAGACCCGAGCUGUGGCCGACGCUGCUGGGGGCUCCGCUCUGGGGGGCGCCGCGGGCUGCCGGGCCGGGGAUGCCCAGUGGGUCCUGGCCCGAAACUGCCUCUCAUAUGGGAACUGCUGGAAACCACCUGCCCGGCUGGGGGCGGGGUGGGGGGAAAGUUCCCUGUGGGGGCCCCCCUGCUUCUGGGAAUCCACUCCUCCUCCCUUGGGUGGGGCCACGGGCUGGCCACACCCCCUCCCCAUAUGCAAAUUACCCCACCUGGAGCCUCCUUGCGCUGGGGGGCCACAGGUGGGGCCCCCGCCUGGCUCCAGCGCUCCUGGGCUCUGCUCUGAGCUGGGGCUCGGGUGCCUCGUCUGGGGCCCGUGGGGGGAUCUCCCGGGGGGGCUGGAGGCAGGAACCAGUGGCGGCCGCCUGGGGGGGGGAACUGGGGGGCUGUGCCCGGAGGGGUGUCCCGGCCCAGGCGCUGCCCAUGAUGCGGCUCCGGGGAAAAGGGACCAGAAACAGCCCCGGUGCCGGGCACAGCUGGUUUCGCCUGGUGCUUUCACUUAAAGCCAGCAGCUCACGUGAGGCUGAUCUGGGAAACCACGGCCCAGCGCCGGCGAGGGGUCCUGUGCCCAGCCCCAGCGUCAGGUGAGGGGCCCAGAUAGGAUGGGGUGAGACCGACAUUCUCCUUAGGACAAAGCUUCUGGGAAAUCCGCCUGCCCCGGGUGAAACCCCCUCGCUUUCCCCGCCACCAGCUCUCGCUCUGCGCCGGUUUCUUUAGCUCAGAGAUUCAUGAUGCAACCCCAGAGCUUCCUGCAAUUACCCCACUCCACUGCCCCCCCAGCACCGCAACUCAGCUGUGUGCUGGGGGGGGGCAGGGCUGGGCUGGCAGGGGCUGCGGGUCGGGAGUGAGGGGCACCGGCAGAGCU